AGAGAAAUGCUGAAGAAACUAUAAAUGUCGAGCGCGGACGAAAGUAAAACCAAAACUGCAAAAGAGUUCUUCGCGUAGCAAAGUCUAAAAUGAUCGUUGUUAAAUCCCUAUUUUUAUUGGCGGUGUGCAUGUCCGCCCUCGCUCACCGUGUACCAUCCAAAGAUCUUCAAACACCGGAAUACGUGCUUUCCGCUAAACUUCAGUUGCCCAAAGAGGAGGAUCCGCCUGUCUUCGAUAGUUACCUACCUAUCCCUAACGAAGGAGAAGAUGGUGACGAGUUAGCACCUCCUAACGCAGAAGCCUGGAAUCCAAACAAAGAUCCUAAUCUCUAUUAUGGGACAGAGGAAAACACUGCGACGAACGUUUAUCCAAAAAAAUACAACAAGGACGUCGUAGAAAAAAUUAAGCCUUUAUUAGCAAAACCCAAGGACGAAGAAAUUCUUUCCAAGCAGAAAGAUAUUUCGUUGACCUUAACACCACCCAGCGAAACCGCUUGGAAUCCGAACAAUGAUCCCAUCUAUUACUACGACACCGAAAAACCUUCGGCGAAUAUCCUUUCAGAAAUCUUGUACAAUCCCAAGUCAGAGGACAAGAAGAAUUACAAUUAUGAAAAAGCCCAAAAUCAGAGGCUGGUGAAAGAGGCAUAAUCGCCAAUUUAGGUACGAGCAGCGAGAUAAAGAUGGUUACGUUAAAGGGCAUUACGGCUAUUUCGAUACGCACGGCAAAUUAAAAUUAGUCCAUUACGAUUCGCAUCCUCACGAGGGAUUUCACGCUGAAGGUCCUUUCUAGAUUUAGUCAAACUAAACACAAAGUAUUUAUAUUAUUUGUUUGUUUUCUUUUCUUUUAUAUAUUUGAAUUUGUUACCAGUUUUAU